AUGGAGAAGGAUCUACUGAUAUACAUCGAAGAAAUGUCUAAAAAACGAUGUCCUUUGGACCAAGAGACCAUUAUGGCCAAAGCUCUAAAAUUCGCCAGCAAAGGAUGGUUCUACGGCUUCAUUCUAAAGCAUGCGAUUCGAAACGUCCGAAUCAAGGAUGUAAGUACCUCAGCAGACGUACAAGCCGCCCAAGCAUACCCAGCACAUUUCACCAAAUUGAUUGAAGACAAGGCUUAUCACCCAGAUCAAGUCUUCAAUGCGGAUGAGUCAGGUGUUUUCUGGAAAAAAAUGCCGAGUCGAACCUACGUGGCCAAGGCAGAAAAGUCUGCCUCAGGCUUCAAAGCUGGUAAAGAUCGGAUUACAUUGCUGUUUUGCAGCAAUGCGUCUGGAGAUAAGCUAUUGAAACCAUUGCUUCUACAUAGAGCAAUGCGUCCGCUAAAAGAUAAAACUUUGCUAAACUUCCUGUGCACUGGAUGUCAAACCCAAAAGCUUGGGUUACUUAAGACAUAUUCAAGAGAUGGUUUCAUGAAUGCUUUGUACCUGAAGUCCAAACAUAUCUCGAAGGGAAAGGGAUUGACAUUUCGUGUUCUUCUAGUUAUCGAUAAUGCUCCAGGCCAUCUACAUCCGAAUGUGAAAAUUGUUUUCCUUCCACCAAACACAACAUCGUUGAUCCAACCGCUGGAUCAGGGCAUAAUUUCCACUUUCAAGCGGUACUAUAUAAAAUUAACAUUUAGAUUCAUUCUUGACAAAGUAGACACGGCGCAAGCAUCAUCUAUCAUUGAAGCAUGGAAAAACUUCACAAUGCGAGAGUGUGUAGGAUUCAUCGAACAAGCUUUAAAUAUGUUGAAAAAGUCUACUUUGAACGCUUGUUGGAAACCGUUGUGGCCAGACUGCGUUCAUUCUUCCUUACCGGCAAAUAAUAUGGACAGCGAAAUACUUCUUCUCACACACGCAGUAGGGGGUGAAGGUUUCAAGGAUUUUACAACUACGGACAUCGAAGAAAUGAUCAAAGAACCCUUUGUUGACGACAAAGACAUCGCAGACUAA